GGCGAGGAAGGCUCCCGCCCGCCCGCCGCACCGAGCCGGCCGCCACCAAUGCGCUGCCCUGCCGCCGCGCCAUGACCCUGAGCUCGGAGAUGUCCGAGGCGACGGCGCUGGCUGAGGAGACCGACAUCGAUGUGGUGGGUGAGGAGGACGACGAGGAGGACGACGAAGAGCCUCAGCCCAGCCGCCGCCGCCGCUCCUACGCCGAGGAGGAGGAGGAGGAGGAGGAAGAAGACGAGGAAGUGGGCGACCUCCACGACGACGCCCUUCUGCCGCGGUCGCCCGUGAGCGGCGGAGGCUGCGGCGGUGUAGUUGGGGCUGGCGGCGGGGACGGUGUCGGCGGCUCUCGGCCCCCCUCGCGGGGCGGCCCACAGAAAGCACCGGCGGGCGGCGGUGGGGCAGGCGGCAGCGGCAGCGGUGGUGGGGCAGGCGGCGGCAGCAGCAAGAACAGCCUGGUGAAGCCGCCCUACUCUUACAUCGCCCUCAUCACUAUGGCCAUCCUGCAGAGCCCCAAGAAGCGGCUGACGCUGAGCGAGAUCUGCGAGUUCAUCAGCGGGCGCUUCCCCUACUACCGGGAGAAGUUCCCCGCCUGGCAGAAUAGCAUCCGCCACAACCUCUCCCUCAACGACUGCUUCGUCAAGAUCCCUAGGGAGCCCGGCAACCCGGGCAAGGGCAACUACUGGACGCUGGACCCGGAGUCCGCCGACAUGUUCGACAACGGGAGCUUCCUGCGCCGCCGAAAGCGCUUCAAGCGGCAGCAGCUCCCUGCUCCCGAGCUGCUCCUGCGCGCCGUGGAUCCCGCUGCCUUCCUCCCGCAGCCCCCUCCCCAGCCCCCGCAGCAGCCGCCCUGCGCCUAUGGACCCUACGGCUGCGGCUACGGCCUCCAGCUUCAGCCUUACCACCCCCACUCCGCCCUCUUCACCUUCCAUCACUCCUCCCCGCCGGCCCGCCAGCCCCCUGCCGCACCCGGCAGCGGUCCCGGAGCGGCGCUGCCCCCAGCCGCCGCGGCCGCACCGCCGGGGUCCUUGCUGCCGGCGGCGGAGCUGGCACGGACGCCCUUCGGCUACGCGCACCCGCUGGGCCCUGCGCUGGCGGCCUCGCUGCACGCCGCCAAGCCUGGCAGCGGCGCAGCGCUGGCCCGCUCGCCCUUCUCCAUCGAGAGCAUCAUCGGUGCGGGGCCCGCCCAGGGUCCCAGUCCCGGCGCGGGCAACAGCUGCGCUUCCCAGUCGGCCGCGGCGCCGGGGCUGUCCCGCUCGGUGGGGAGCGCUGGGGGCGGCCUGCCCCCUGCCGCCGCCCUGCCCGCCGCGCCCGGCUUCGCGGCACGGAUCUCUAACUGUUAAGGGUGUGUGAGUCUUUCCGAAGGUAGGAUCUGGGGUAUCUAUGUCCUUUCUCCGCCGUUCGGAUGGACGCCCGGCAGACACCGCCCGGAGGGAAUGCGGGCUUUGCAUGGGGAUUUCGCGGUGGGGCUCGGGAGGGAGCCGCUGCGGUGGCGGACCGCACGGGCAGGCGGUCACGCUAUAGCAAAGUUACUCGUUAUUCCUUAAAAAAUCAAAAAUAAUGGUGAUAAAUAACGUCUCUAAACCGUUAAAAGUUCAGAGAUUCUCAGGUCUAGGAACUUGAAAACAGUGAUGUACAGGAAAAAAAAAAGGCUUGAGGGAGGACAGCAAAGCAAUACUUUUUCAUUUUAGUACACUUGUCUCAUAUACUUUUAUAAAAGAAAAGAUUAACAUGUUUACACAGAAGAAAGUCAAGAUUAUCAUUUCUUAUUUUAACCUGUGUUUUGUAUUAUAAUAGACUUAUGGAGUUUUUUAUUUUGUACUUUAUGCAUAUUCUUUACAAGGAAUAUUGUUAAAAAAUUACUGGCAAGUAUUAUUGUACCAUUUUAAUGUAAAAUUUUUACACAAUUUCAAAAAUAAAAUUUUUAAUUUUCAAAAAAAAAAAAAAAAAGUGCAAAACCAAACCCAAAGACCAAAGGAGCCCAGCCAAACAAUUGGCUUCGGACCCUUCCCUUCUUAAUACUUCUCCCUUCUUUGGGACAUUGGAAAUUUUUCUUGGGGAUUAAUAAUACAAUAGCUAAGGAAUUGUAAAGCUUGCAAUUUAUUAUGACUGGAUUUGACCGCAAAAAAGCAAAUCAGAAUACGAGCUUUGUAGUCAAACCAUUGUUAACUGUAGCGGAGAAUGAAAGACAAACAAACAAACAAAUAAAUAAACAAAUAAUGGACAGCAGAGAGAAUAAAUAGAAAUAAAUCUUUCUCGGGGCAGUAAAGCCCGGUUCCGUAGGGCAUCAAUGGGGUGAUGGGUUAGAAAGACGGCUUAAAACUGUUUUUUAUACUUUUGGGUGUGUUUUAAAUCACAACUGCAUCACAGUUUGGUUUCCAAGGGGCCUAAAUUAAAAUACUGCUAAUAAGAGGCUUGUACUGAACUUCAGAGGGAUUUGACCAAGACGCUUAUGUUUCUGUGAUAAUAACAGGGACAUGGGUUUCUACUUUCCAAUACACAUAAUAUAAAAUGAGUGUUGGGAUAUCCUCGUGUGACAAGCUGAUCAGAUGCACGAUGUAAGGAUGUGUAAGUGUAUGAAACAAACCAUGAAGGCAGCUCUUCUGAGCGUGAACUGUUGUAUUAAUCUGUAAAAGAUCGAUAGAUACCUAUUUCAUAGUCUAAAAUUAUUUUUAAACAUAAAAGCCAUCUUCAAAUAUUCGGAUUUUAGGCAUGAAGAGAGAGUCGCAGGGUUUAAGAGCAGGCGUUGAUGGCCUGUUGUGCACUCGGAAAGCGAAUUUUCAAAUCAGGGCGGAGCUUUUCAGGUACGAAUAUUUAUACCAAUUUAGUAGAUUCAAGGAUAAAUUAUGUGAAUUUUAGCGAAAAGGAAAAAAAAAGAGUGGUGCCUUUUAGUGCUCUUUGGAGUGAGGAGGGGAGGAUUGUGUGGUUACAUGAUUUUAUGUACAGAAAAACCUCGUCGCCUUGAUUUUAAAUAUUAUCACGGAUAGAAAAGUGAUGCUUUUCUGUUUAGUUUGUAGCAAUCCGGGUUGAAUUACUGGUUUUCAGUAACUGGGAAGCCUGGUCGCAACAUCUCUGCUAGGCCCAUCUUCAGUCUGCAGCUGGAGGGCCUCUUUGGUUGUCCCUGGUCCCUUAGAGGACAAGGAAGUGAAGGCAAGAUUAAUUUCUAAAAGUGAAGGGGAAAAGAUCCGAGAGGUACCGCAAACCUACCCUUGGGGUGGGGCGCAUCCUCUUCGCUAGGGACCGGUUAACUCGCUUCCCUGGACCUGGCCGCAUGCACCGAGCUGCGGCGCCGGGAUAGAGUGGGGUACCGAGCUCGGCCUCGGAGCCCCUCGGAGA